UGGGCACACAUUAGUAUUUUGUACACAAAUAAGUAUGUCGUGGCCACAAAUUAUCCUUUUAUUGGCAUUUUGUGGGAACACAAGUAUUUUGUGGCCAUAAAUAUGCACGUUUCUGUAAUACUUGGGCACAAAUUUGUAUUUUGUACACAAAUAAGUAUUUCGUGGCCACAAAUUAGCAUUUUAUUAGCAUUUCAUGGUCACUAAUUAGCAUUUUGUGGGAACAAAUUAGUAUUCACUAAUCCACUAGCCCUUAAUAUAUGGGCACACAUUAGUAUUUUAUAUACAGGUAAGUGUUUGGUGGGCCACAAAUGAACUUUUUUUUCUUUUUUGAAUUUUGUGAGCGCAAAUAAGCACUUUUUAAAAAAAUAUGUGGACACAAAUUCAAAUUUUAUAAACACAAAUUAGCAUUUUGUUGGCAUUAAAUGUUAACGUGUGCCCACAAAUUAUUAUUAUGAGGAAGCAAAAUGUCAUGCCCAGAGCACCGUACAUUAGUAUAUGUUGCUGCAUAUGUUUCUUUUCAAUUUUUUCUGCUUUAUUGUGUGGGUCGUGAAUAGCUAACGGUGGAACCAUUUUAAGAUAUGUCUAUUUAUGUUAUCCAAAUAUUCAGAUGUUCAUAUUUGUUUCCUGAUUAAACAAGGGGGAUACCUGAAAAAAUAAUAUUAUUCUUAAACUGCUCCAUUCCAUUUAUGGAGUUGUAAAAAAUAAAAAAUAAAAGGUGAUAUUGGUAAAUGUCUUUGUAUUUUUGUGGAAUCAUCAAAAGAAAAGGUAAGGUAGAAAGAAAAAGAAGUUCUCAGCUGCCUGUUAUUCUUAUAAGAAUGUUGCUAUUAGUAUUAAAAUAAAUGAAAUUUACUUUCAAAAUAGUUUUAAGAACAUGUUUUAAUGAAAAACGUCGGCAUUUUCCUUUAACGUGGCUUAAUUUUCCCGCGUCUCGCAUCUUCAAAAGAGAAAACAACAAAGGGAAUGGUGUUCAGAGUCAACCAAUCACAUUCUGCCAUGUUGGGACCCUCCGGCCAAUCAGGGAGCUCACGCGGGAGGAAAACUUGGAUGGGCCAGAGGAGGAGUGAGGAGGCUAAGAACAAUGAAGGGGGAGAGAUAUUAUGUUCAUUCGGCGCUCGUGCCACCGUGGCGGAAAAGCCCCAGAAGUUUCUCCGGAAGGUCCAUUUAAAAUUACAAAAUAAACAAGCAAAAAAUAAAUAAAAAACAGCGGCAGGCAUAUGUUUCACACUUCCUGCGUGGGAGGGGGUGGAUAUACCCGGCUAAUUUUCAGUGACUAGAAGAAAAAAAAUCCCGAUCAGGUGGUGUCCUGCCAGCUGGGGCCAAAUUACUCCCCCCUCCACCCCGAGCCUCCCCACGUCAAAAUCGCUUUGCAUACCGACUUCCGCCCUGCUCGGCUUUCCCUCCGCCGGCUCUGCAUCAGCCGGUGAGCAGCUGAUAUGACAGGAGGAUACAGUAUCACGCCGAGCCGUGAAAGGCUGACUUAAAAAAAAAAAAAAAAACUUCAUCUGGGAAGUAGACGGAUGUGCGCGGACGCUGCUACCGGCCGGAGACGGACUAACCUACCGGGAAUUUGUCGUUUUCCAUGCGAUGGGAUUUGCUACUACUUUGCCGUGAAUAUGCCGAAGCUGCCCCCGGUGUUUGGACACUGACACGAAUCCCCCACAAUUCCACCUUUAUUUUUCCACCAUGAGUUUCAUGGUAUUUUUGCUACGUGGACUCGUCAUCUAUGCGGUACUGGGCUUGGAGAGCUCUUACUCUGAAAACCUACCCAGCAGCCCCUCGUCCGAUGCCUCAAACGUAGCGAGCACAGACCCCUGUCUCUCGGUGAUGCCGCCGUGCAUCAACGAGGCCGACCGGUUCAGCCUGGAGGCGCUGCGGCACAUCCACAAACAGCUGGACGACGACAACGACGGGGGGAUAGAGGUCAACGAGAGCGUGGAGUUCAUAAUAGAAGACAUGAAGCAGCAGCAGACGAACAAGCACAGCAACCUGCACCGUGAAGACCAGCACAUAACGGUGGAGGAGCUCUGGAAGGGCUGGAAGACCUCUGAAGUCCAUAACUGGACCACGGAGGACACCGUACAGUGGCUGAGGGAGUCGGUGGAGCUGCCGCAGUAUGAGAAGAACUUCCGAGACUUUCGGGUCACGGGGAACACGUUGCCUCGAAUGGCGGCAAAUGAACCGUCGUUUAUGUCGAUGCAGCUAAAGAUAUUAGACCAGCGGCAUAAACAGAAGUUAAACCUAAAAGCGCUGGACGCCGUUCUCUUCGGGCCUCCUUUACGACCACAUCACAACUGGAUGAAGGACUUCGUCCUCAUGGUUUCCAUAGUGAUCGGGGUCGGGGGCUGCUGGUUUGCCUACAUGCAGAACAAAUCCAGCAGAGUGCACAUUUCCCGCAUGAUGAAGGAUCUGGAGAGUCUGCAGAACGCAGAGCAGAGCCUCAUGGAGCUGCAGGGACGGCUGGAAAAAGCCCAGGAGGAGAACCGGACGGUCGCCGUGGAGAAGGAGAACCUAGAGCAGAAAAUGAGGGACGAGAUCGACGAGGCCAAAAAGGAGGCUCACCGCCUCCGAGACCUCCGAGAAGGCGCCGAGUGCGAGCUGAGCCGUCUCAAGUACGCGGAGGAGGAGCUGGUGCAGGUACGAAAGGCUCUGAAGCAAGCGGAGAAGGAGAUGCAGUCGGAGCGCUCCGUGCCGGAAGCGCUGCAGAAGUGGCUGCAGCUCACGCACGAGGUGGAGGUUCAAUACUACAAUAUCAAGAAGCAGAGCGCCGAGUUCCAGCUGUGCAUCGCUAAAGACGAGGCAGAGAAAAUCAAGAAGAAGAGAGGAUCAGUAUUUGGAACUCUUCAUGUGGCCCACAGUUCAUCGCUGGAUGAGGUGGACCACAAGAUACUUGAAGCAAAAAAAUCCCUGUCAGAGGUGACGGCGUGCUUGAGGGAGCGGCUCCACCGCUGGCAGCAGAUCGAGAAGCUCUGCGGCUUCCCCAUCGUCAACAACUCAGGCCUGCCCAGCCUGACCGCCAGCCUCUACUCCGACCACAGCUGGGUGGUCAUGCCGCGGGUCUCCGUUCCUCCGUACCCCAUCGCAGGGGGCGUGGACGACCUGGAUGAGGACACGCCCCCCAUUAUUUCCCAGUUCACCUCCUCCAUUCGCGCCCCGCUGGCGCGCAGCAGCAGCCUCUGCCGCUCUCGCCGGAGCCUGCUGAGCUCCCCACAGACCUCUCUGAUGUCUCCAGACCCAGACCUGCUGUCCAUGGCCGGAUCUUCUUUGUCUUAUCGCUCUGAAGUAGAGGACGACCACAUCGUGUUCAGCCUGGAUAGGAAGGGGGAGUUGGUUAAGGAGAGCAGCUUCGAUACAGACUCUCUGAACUCCUCCAUGGGCGGCCGCAAGCAGCUGCACUCCCCCUGCACCCCCAGCUCAGACACCCCCUACCGCAAGAUCUCCCUGGAGGAGCUGCUGCUGUUCGGCCAGAGUGCCGACCCCCCCGCCUCCACCCACACCACCAGCAGCAGCAGCAGCAGCAGUCUCAGGGACUCCACCCCUCCGCCCUUGCCCAGCUCGCUGGCCACCACCCCGUCCAGCCCGCCCUCCACCUCGCCCUCCCCGGCUCUGGAGCACCACCCGUUCGCACAGAGGGGCUCGCCCGACCUCACCUGCGUCCUGCCCGAGUCGCAAAGAGCGCCCCCGCCACAGGGGGGCGCGGCCCCUCAGACAGGAAAGGGCGUGUACAACGGCAUCCUGGAGAAGUCCUACAGCUACAGCCAGCUGCCGGCGAGCAUGCUGCCCAGCGUGGGGCAUUACCCGUCUCUUACCUCGCUGGACUCGGAGGGCCGGAGCGUCGGAAGGGAUUACAAGCUCCAGAGCACCUCCUCCCAGGACUCCAGUGACAAUGGAGAGAAGAGCAAGCGCUCCUCCUCUAAAAUCAAAAGCUUAUUUAAGAAGAAAAAAUAAAAGUUUUAGAGCGGAAUAGUAUGCGUGUGCGCGCGUGUGUCUGUGUGUGUGUGCGUCAGUGACAGCAAGAGUUAGUUUUAUCACUGAUGUGGGGAAAAGUGGACGUCACCCGGGAGAUGAAGCAUCUCCAUCAGUGAUGGAAUGUAGCUCGGUCUGGGGGCCUUUGAAACGGCUCUCAGGCUGGUAGCCUUAUUCUUCAGAAAUGCCUUUUUUCUUUAGUUCACUCAGAGCCUCAAAGAGGAACCUGGGGGGUAUUGAACCAGGAUCAGCUUAAAGUGAAUAAAAAAAAAAUCUAAAAUUUGAGAAAAAAAUGAAUUAAGUUUGAAGAAAAAAUGAUAAACCUAAAACUGUCACCAAGAGUAAAAAUACGUUUUAUAUAAAAUUCCCUUUUUCCAUUUAAAAUUUUAGUUUUUCGUUCCUCUCUCUCUCUCUUCAGUCUUCAAUUAACUGUUUCAAUUUAAAUUUUCAUUUUCAGUCAAACCAAUUUUAUGUGGGGGCGGGGCUUUGAGCCCAUUGGCUACAGCAACAUGAUUGACUUGAGUGGUUGGGAUUUAUGGUGAUGUCAUUUCAAUGGCAAACAAAACAGCACCUAUUACCAAAAAAAUAAAAAUAAAAAUUGGUAACAGUUUAGGUUUCAAUUUUUUAUAAUUGGAUUAAAAUUUUAAACACAGUAUUCCCACCUUGUUUUGGGAAGUAAGGAACUGGAAUAUGCGAAUAUGCCGAAUCUGCGAAUACAGAGAACCCCCCACCCCCGCGGCCGAAGGAUGAUACCUGCCCAUAUUCAUCAAAAACACUUCUGAUCAGGCUUUGUAAAAAAUAAUAUUAAAGAACAUUGGAGUAUUGCUAAACAUAUAGUUUUGUUUUUUUAAUUCAGAACCAAAAUGUUCUGCAGUGACAGCAAACUUUAUGACGCAAAUUAAGACCGUCAGUUUGUCUCGCUGUAAAAUCUUAAAAUCAAGAGUGCGCGAUUCCGCCUUCAUCAAAUAAUAAACUCCUGCUCUGGAUAAUAAUUAUCCUCCGUGAUUAUCUUCUUCAGCAUAUCAGGAUUUGUUUUGGCCGCUUCAGAGUCAGCUGAUGCCAUUGCUCCAUGCAGGGACUCAGCGUAGCCCCCUCCGCGCUCUGAGAUAGGACGUAAAAUGUUCAUACAGGCGUCUUGAGUUGUCUGAGUUUUUGUGACGAACCGGAAGAGUCACCUGACUAAAAAAAAAAAAUAAAAAAA